UGAAUUUCGGAUUUAACGGUCGUAUGUUAUUCGUUAAUUUCAUCGGGAAUUAUUGAACUGCCUUUGUUUAAUUGGAUUGCACGAUCGAACGGAAUUAAAGUGACAAAAAUCCGAGCUCGUGUGUGUAUCCUGUUUUGUUAUGUUGAUGUUAAAGUCAUAAUUGUCUUCCAAAAAGUGCGCAUGACACAUAGCAGUCUAAGCGCCGGAUUUCUGUGGAAUUUAUUUUGAGAAAUCCGGGCAUACUCUGUGUUUAGGCUUCUGGCCCUUUGCCACAAACGAGUGUUCUACGUCACAAGCGUAAUUGAGAUAAAAUUACAAUCAAGGGACGUUAUUAUCGGCAGAUAAAGAUCUCUCAAGGAGCAACCGUGUCCAUAAAAAUACCUCAGACAGUCAGGGUGAUCAAGUCCAAGAGAAAAGUGCAGGUGUUCGAAUGAGAUCAAAUUGAAAAAAGAGGCCAGAUUAAAAAGAGAGAGACUGCAGCAAAGUGAAUCCUCAAUAAGCACAGCGCCACUCGCAAGACGGCGACGUCGCAGAUCGAAGCGUUGGGAGGUUAAAGCGUCGUCGUCGACCAGGGACAACACUCGUGCCAGACGUGUCUCAGGGGUUGUUGGUGACGUCCAGGAAAAUUUUCAAGUGAACGAACUAGUCGCGUGCCGUAAUCGUCGUUUUUCCCGUGACGCAAAAGGCUUUUUCGACGUCGACCAUCAUGUCUCAUGUACGGUUGACGAAUGUCGUUAUCGCCAGCUGGCCACGAGGAUGGGAGCGUGGGGCGCGCUUGUGUUCAGGCGUACGGGUAGGGGCAGACUUAGCUAGAGGUACAGAAGCAGGAGUGGUCUCGCUAGUCAAGCCGCUGUCGAGUUUAACGACGUUUCGUCGCAGCAUGGCGAGUUUAAGCGAACAGGAGAAGAUACUUACAGGAGAAAAUGUCUAUUCUAACCUCCAGCGAAUGGAAUAUGCUGUCCGGGGUCCACUUCUGAUACGUGCUCUGGAAAUCGAAAAGGAAUUACAGCGGGGAGUCAAGAAACCAUUCACAGAGGUAAUCAAAGCCAAUGUUGGAGAUGCACACGCAAUGGGCCAGAAGCCCAUCACUUUCCUUCGGCAAGUAUUGGCCUUGACUGUGACUCCUGAACUCCUGGAUGAUCCUCGUUAUCCCGAAGACGCUAAGAACAGAGCCAGAGCUAUUCUGGGCGGGUGUAAAGGUGGAAGCGUAGGAUCCUAUUCGGAAUCAGCUGGGAUUGAACUGAUCCGGAAACACGUAGCACAGUACAUCCAAGAGCGGGAUGGGAUUCCUUGCGACUAUCAAAACGUCAUCUUAUCUGGUGGAGCAUCAGACGGAAUCAAAUCCGUACUGAAGCUGUUCAACGAGAAAAUCAAUGGAAAGCCUUCUGGAGUUUUGAUACCAAUUCCACAGUAUCCAUUGUACUCGGCUACACUUGCUGAGUUUGGUCUUGCUCAGGUUGGAUACUACCUGAACGAGGAGAACAAAUGGUCCUUGGAUAUCAGUGAGUUGGAGAGGGCUUUGGCGGAAGGCAAGAAGACUUCCAAUCCUCGUGUUCUUGUUGUUAUCAAUCCUGGUAACCCAACGGGACAGGUGUUGACCAGGUCAAACAUUGAGGACAUCAUCCGAUUUGCACAUAAGCAUCGGCUUUUCCUCCUCGCUGAUGAAGUUUACCAAGAUAACAUUUAUGAUAAGGAAAGCUCCUUCCAUGCAGUUAAGAAGGUCAUGAUGGAAAUGGGCGCGCCGUAUUCUAAGAUGGAAUUGGCAUCCUUUAUGUCCAUCUCAAAAGGAUAUAUGGGCGAGUGUGGUAUUCGCGGUGGAUACUCUGAGAUUGUCAAUAUGGAUCCGGCAGUGAUGGCGAUUCUACUGAAGUCCAUUUCCGCUAUGUUGUGUCCCACGGUAUUGGGUCAGGUCGCGAUGGAUGUGGUUACGAAUCCCCCAAAACCAAACGAGCCGUCGUACAAGCAAUUUAUAGAAGAGAAGAACGCCACUUUGCAGUCCUUAGCUGAGAGAUCGCGUCUAGUUGUUGAUACCUUGAAUAGCAUCCCUGGAUUUAAGGCUAAUCCAGCCAUGGGUGCCAUGUACGUAUUCCCACAAUUCGAACUUCCCGCCAAAGCUAUUGAAGCUGCUAAGGCCGAAGGAAAAUCACCCGACGUGUUCUAUGCCUUUAAACUUCUCGAAGCCACCGGCAUUUGCGUUAUCGCCGGUUCUGGAUUCGGCCAAAAACCUGGCACUUAUCACUUCAGGACCACCAUCUUACCUCAGAAGGAUAAGAUAAAGACGAUGCUCAACAGUCUAAAAGAGUUUCAUAUACAGUUCCUUAAAGAGUAUAGUUAGGUUAUCUGUCUUACUCUCGUUGUAAUCUCGUUAUCACGAAAAUCUUACGUUCGAAUCAAACAAUAGUGAAGAGAUAUUUAAAAUUGAAGAAUUUCACCGAAUGCUGUUUCGUGUGGACCGCCUGAAGACAUUAGACUCUAAUAUUUAAUCACGAUAAUUUGUAAAUAGUGCGCUCUUGUAAUUAUGUUAUCGUUUCUGCACACGUGACAGUCUUUCACUGAAUUCUUCGAUAAGAUAUUACACUAAUGAGUUCUUGUUAUACAAAAUUAUACAUGUCGCAGUUUUUUUAUGUCGAUACAAUGUAAACAAGAAAUAUACGUCAAACGUAUUUUCGACAAUA